UGAGAAUAAUUAGGAACGCUGGCUUUAUGGAUGUCUCUUUUCACUCAAACCGCAACGCCUAGAGCAGAAGAGCGAGACAUAUCUACAAAAUGAAAAAGCUCAUAAUAUUUCCCCCGCAACAAUGGAGCUAAACAAAAAUAUUUAAUGGCACAACUUUCUCACAUCCCGCUCGCACGCUAACUUAAACAAGCGAGUGUGAACAGGAUAGAGCCGUGCAUUUUCCCAACAAAUGAAGCGUGGCCGAACCGCAGAUUGACCGCAGAGAAGCGAGUGACAGAGUGACGGGCUCAGUCGUACACGGUCGGGCGGCGAGGUAGCACGCGCGCGCACGAUCUCAUCCGAGCACUCACGGACAUACCCGAAGUUGACGCAUCGGGAAACUCGGACGCAACAGCUGAUCGCGAUCGAGCCUCGCAUCGCCCGCGCACGCCUUGAGACUAUUUCUGAGAACUUUAAUCCGAAUGUCGUCAAAUUUGUAUAAAACUAGACGCCGAGUGAGUCAGCUAAGAUGACGAAAGUUAAACUGAAGCCUUGGCUUAGAAUGUGAACGAACUGAGGAAAAAUUGUUUGUUUAAUUGUGAGUUUAUGUGUUUGUUGUGUCCGGAUAAUAAUAUAAACAGACUAGUUAUAACAGACUUUCUGCUAUUUAAGACUGAAGUAUAGACAUUUUAAUUAAUUCCAAAGAAUAAUUAUCAAACAUAAAAACAAUACUCAUUAAAUCGGGAAAUAAACAAAAGACAUUAAACAAAAGAAUCCAAUUGGAAGUGCGCCAAACAUUACCAUAAAAAAAAACAAUUGGAGAAAGUAUCCCUAUACACAGAUCCAAUACCCAAACAGAGAAACACAAGGACUCGUCGUUAUCAGAAGUGCCGUGUGGUGAUACUGGUUAUCAAAAUACACAGACUAAUUAUACAAGACAGAGUAACAAAAAGACAGUGGUUUUUGUAGUGAUGCAGUGAGGAUGCACCUGCCUUACGAGGCGCGGGGCCGGCGCCGGCGGGAAAUGGACCCGGAGCCCUGGUGGCUGCAGUCCGUCGUGGACGAGACGCUAGCGGAGCACCCUGACCUCGUCCGCACCGGCAGUCCCGACUACAUGUGCUCGAUUCUGCCGCAGCACUGGCGCUCCAACAAGACCCUCCCCGGCGGCUUCAAGGUGGUGGCCCUCAGUGACGUCAUCGACGGAACGCUCGUCACCAUCCGAGCCGGCAAUGAUGAGAACUGCUCCGCCGAACUGAGGAAUAACACGGCGGUUAUGAAGAAUAGGGUCGCCAAGUUUAACGAUUUGCGGUUCGUUGGGCGGAGCGGGAGAGGUGAGUUCUUUCAUGGCUUAAAAGAUCAGACAUCAAAGGGACGCUGUGGUUACCAUCCGAGCUGGUUAUGA